AUGACUAUUUCAUCAAUAUCUGAACCACGACGCCCGAUAGUUCAUCUCAAUGGCUUCCCAGGCGUCGGAAAGCUAACCAUCGCCCACUCCCUUCUAAAGCAACUCCCCUCCGCAAAACUCGUGCAUAACCACCUCCUAAUAAACCCCGCCGACGCUGUUCUCCACCGCACCCAGCCAGGUUAUCAAAGCCUCCGCCGCGGAAUCCGGAGCUCUAUAUUCUCCGCGCUGGCCAAUGAGCCCGCAACAUUCGACACAACUUACAUCUUUACGGAUUUCCAGAGCGACGACGGCCUCGGCACGGCCGUGUGCGCAGAAUAUCUCGCCACUGCAGAAGCACGACGUGCCGUUCUCGUACCUAUUCUGCUCUUCUGUGACGAAAGGACCAAUAUGCAGCGCCUGGUCUCGUCGGAUCGAGAAUUACACUCGAAGCUGACAGACGUCGAGCUUGUCACCCAGUUCCGUCGUGAGGGGGAUGUACAUCGCUUCACUGGCCACCCAAAUUAUUUGGAACUCGAUGUGUCUCAUUUCACGCCCGAAGAGGCAGCGAAAACGAUAUGUGAGCAUAUCAGGGGUGUUUGUCCGGAGUUGUAA